AAGAUGGCUGGAGUUGUGGGAUCACAUGGUAUCUGGAUGAUAAUUAGUGUCCAUGCGAUGCUUUUGGUGUUGGCACAAGAGGGGUAUCAAUUUUUGGAGUAUGACUUCAGAGAAGCAAACCUUUAUCUUGAUGGGAUGGCAAAUACCAACGGUGGUCCAUUGCAUCUUACAAAUGAUACAAAGGCUAGCACUGGGCAUGCUAUGCUCAAAACUCCCAUGAAUUUCACAGCCUCGUCUCCCAGUUCAUUUUCCUUUUCAACACAAUUUGUCUUUGUAAUCUUUCCACUGGCAAAACCUCCUGCAUACGGUCAAGGUAUGGCUUUUGUGGUAGCUCCUAAGAUAGACCUCAUGGCUAACGGCACUGCAACUUCAGGUUUAGGGCUUUUUAACUCAGCAAAUAACAAUAAAACUGAAACCCGGAUCCUGGCUAUAGAGCUUGAUACUAAUGAAAGCUCUGAACCACUGGACCAAAGCGAUAACCAUGUAGGGAUUGAUGUUAAUAGUAUAUUCUCCGUCCAAUAUGCCAAUGCUAGUUACUUUGAUGCUACAGAGGGAAAGAAUAAAACUCUGCUGCUUGCAAGUGAAAAACCUAUUCUGAUAUGGAUAGAUUAUGAUGGAACAGAGAAGCUACUAAAUGUAACGUUGGCUCCAGUACCAACUCCAAAGCCAGCUUCACCUCUCUUGUCAAGUUCCAUCAAACCAAGUGUGCCUCUCUUGUCAAGACCCAUCAAUCUUUCAGAGAUUUUCAAUGAAACAAUGUUUGUAGGUUUCUCUGGAUCCACAGGCACAGUUAAAAGUGACCAAUACAUACUUGCAUGGAGUUUCAAGAAAGGUGGCAAAUCAGAAAGCAUUGACCUCUCAAAGGUUAUGGAUCCCCCUACUCGACCGCCACCACCCUCAGCACCACCACCACCACCCUCUCCACCAGAGUCAGAGUCUAAAGGCUCAACACUAAUUCUAGUUGCUACUAUACCGUCAAUUGCUAUAAUUUUGAUGCUUGGAGGAAUCUUGUACCUGUACCAGAGAAGGAAGUAUGCAGAGGUGCUUGAACAAUGGGAACAAGAGUACAUCCCCCAAAGAUAUUCCUUCAAGAACCUCUACAAAGCAACCAAAGGUUUCAAGGAGAGUCAGCUACUUGGAGCCGGAGGUUUCGGAAAAGUAUACAAAGGAGAACUUCUUUCCGGUACUCAAAUCGCGGUUAAGAGAGUCUCCCAUGAUGCAGAACAAGGAAUGCAACAAUACGUAGCAGAGAUCGCUAGCAUGGGAAGGCUAAGGCACAAGAACUUGGUGCAGCUCCUUGGCUACUGCAGACGCAAAGGUGAAUUGCUUUUGGUUUAUGACUACAUGCCAAAUGGAAGCCUAGAUAACUACUUGUUCAAUAAAGAAAAAGUGAAAGACCUCACUUGGUCUCAGAGAUUGAAUAUAAUCAAGGGAGUAGCAUCUGCCCUUUUGUAUCUUCAUGAAGAGUGGGAGCAAGUUGUGUUACACAGAGAUAUUAAAUCUAGCAAUAUUCUUUUGGACGCUGAACUAAAUGGUAGGGUGGGAGAUUUUGGGCUUGCAAGGUUUCAUGACCGUGGCCAGAAUCUUGAAGCCACGCGUGUGGUAGGAACCAUUGGCUACAUGGCACCUGAGCUUACUGCAAUGGGAGUGGCUACCACGAAAACCGAUGUCUAUGCUUUUGGAUCUUUCAUCCUUGAGGUGGUUUGUGGAAGGAGGCCAGUAGACCCUGAGAGACCAGUUGAGCAAAUGAUUUUGAUGAAGUGGGUUGCUACUUGCGGAAGCAGAGAUAAUUUAAUGAUUACUGUUGACAGUAAACUUGAAGGAAACUUUAAAGCUGAAGAGGUCAAGAUGCUUUUGAAGCUAGGCAUGCUUUGUUCUCAGAGCAAUCCGGAGAAUAGACCUAGUAUGAGACAUAUAGUACAAUAUCUGGAAGGGAAUGUUCCUGUUCCGAGCAUAUCAUUUGAUACAACUGGUUUUGGUAUGCCCAAUAUAAGCAAUGAAACGGUAACACAAAUGACAACCACUUCCACUUCAGCUAAUUUCUCUUUUGAAGAUGUUACAAUCCUAUUUGGUGGUCGUUGAAGCCUGCUUCACAUGCUGCUAAACUUACAAGUAAGCUUCUUUGUUUUGCUACAAUGCUGUCUUUUAACUGAAUGUAAUAUAUUUGACAGUUUUUUUUCCUUUUGCUACAAUGUUGUUCAGUGAAUGAUUGUGUAUUUGAAAUGUUCUUUUAUUUUUGCUACAAUGUUGUUUACUCUUGAUAUAAAUGGCUGCAUUGUGAUGUGUUGUUGUUCCAAACUGUGGAAGCACACUGACAUGUCAGGUUUGAAGCCAAGCCUUGUCAUCGGGUUUGAGCAUCACAUGGCUCUUAUAAUAGAGUACUAGAAUCAAAAGUAAUUGUGUCUUGAUUCGAAGAAAUAUGUGUAGUUCAAUAUAACCCGCAAAAUGAGUAGCUUAAAUAAUCUAAAUUUGCAUAUCCAAAAUCAAAACUCUAAAUGCAAAAUUUUUUUUUGAUUUAUUUCAGCUAAAAAAUAUUAUAGUUAAACUUAGAGAAGUAAAUACAAUUCCAUAUACCCAAAUAAUAACCAAAUCAGCUAGACACUAUAUAUUCAAAUUGCACAUUUAAAUUAAAAUAAAUAUAAUAUUAAUUAAAAUAAAUCAUACAUACAAAUAAUUAAAAUUAGAAUAUUAAAUUUAUAAUAUAUUUAUUUUAUAAAUAUUUAUAUCCGUGUUUAUGCAUCGAAAAAUCACUUAUUAUAUAUUAAAACUAGAUGGUGGAUUUGACGGGGGCCCAAAUAAAUGUCUCCACCAGUGUCCGCACCUUGUGCGGAUUAAUAUGUACUCUCUUUAUUCCACGAAAAAUGUAAGGGGAAUUUAUCAAAACUAACCCACAACUUGAUUUUAACCCGAAACCUAUACCCAAACUUGAAUCAAAUGCAAAACUAACCUAAAAAUCUUGUGAAAUUACAGUCCAGCCUCUUGUGACCAAACAAAAGAACAGAAGCCAUUUUUACGAAUAUAGCCCCAGUAAGUCGUCUGAGAUGUUGGAAGUCGUCUGGACGACAUUUUUGUAAGUCGUUUGGUACCAGUUU